AAAUUCAAACAUGACGACAGGGUGUCUGCUUCACAUAAAUUGGGCAUUCGCUCACAUGCUGACCUUCUCUCCAUUCCCGCCACCGUUCCUCAAAACGCAGUCGUUUCCCUCCAUACUACAAUCGCAAUGUCUCUCUCCACCGUAUCCAUUCCCUUCUCUCACCUCCAAGAUAAAGACUAUGAUUUGUCCUUGAAGAUCGAGCAAGGGUUUGGACCUGAUGGUUUGGGGAUUCUAUCUGUCACUGAUGUCCCAGGAUACUCUUCCUUGCGCAGAAAUCUUUUGCAUCUUGCACCGAAAUUGGCAAAUCUUCCUAAAGAAGUGAAGGAUGAUCUUGAAGAUCCUAACAGCAGAUAUAAUUUUGGGUGGAGUCACGGGAAAGAAAAACUUGAAUCUGGCAAGCUUGAUUUAUUAAAAGGAUCUUUCUAUGCCAAUCCCAUACUUGAUACGCCUACAACAGAUAAAUCUUUGAUACAACGAUACCCAUCAUAUUGCGGAUCAAAUGUAUGGCCCAGAAGCACAUUACCAGAGCUUGAGUUGGCUUUCAAAGCACUUGGGAAGCUGAUAUUUGAUGUUGGAUUGAUGGUGGCAUAUCACUGCGAUCAAUAUGUAUCCAAAGGAAUAAAAGUUCAUAAGGAUGAAGGUCUGGAAUCAAUACUUAAACGCUCCCGCUGUCACAAAGGACGUUUGCUAUAUUAUUUUCCUGCACAACAGGGAAUCCCAGGUGACAACUCUAUGUCUUCUUGGUGUGGAUGGCAUACAGACAAUGGUUCACUGACAGGUCUGACUUGUGCUAUAUUUACAAGAGACGGUGAAGAGAUACCUUGUCCUGAUAGUGCUGCUGGCCUCUAUAUUCGAACAAGAAAUGAUCAAAUUGUCAAGGUUGUUUAUGGAGUAGAUAAUAUAGCUUACCAAAUUGGUGAAACUGCCGAAAUACUUUCUGGAGGUAUUCUUCGUGCAACACCUCAUUGUGUUCAGGCUCCAAAAGGGAAGGAGUCUUCUGGUGUUGAACGUUCAACAUUUGCAUUAUUCAUGCAACCUGACUGGGAUGAAAAACUAAGUUUUCCUGAGGAAGUUCACAUUCAUAAAGAGCUUAUUCCAUCAAAUGCUUCCCUUACUUACGGAGAAUAUUCAGAGAUGGUGCUUGGCAAAUAUUACGACAAAAAAUAGCAAUAAUUAAUUGGCUGGAGAGAUGGCCCAUGCUAACUAACUGUUAAUUCAAGGGAGUAAAUGAAGCUGUGCAGAAGUGUCAUGGUAAUAGGAUAAGAAAUAGAAAAUAAAAAUUCUUGUAACUCACGUCGAAUAAUAAUAAAGCUUGAAGGCCAAGAAAGCCUAUUAAAAUUACUUUCACCAGAUGUUAAAUUGUUACAUCUAUGUAAUGGAACGAAACUUACCGUCCAACUCUGUAGUUUAUGAAGUAUGUUACAAAAAAAAAUGAUGAAUUCAACUAUCUGAGUGUUAUUUAGUAAAGGAAAGCUAGUCGAAUCUUUUGAUUAUUCAA